AUGGGGAAGGCCCUUUCCCUCCUGCCCAAGCAGGCAUGCCACGAAGACUCCCAGGACAGCCUGACCGACACCCAGGAGGAUGAUGGGAAGAGAGAGGAUGUGUCCCAGUUCCCCUACGUAGAGUUCACAGGCCGGGACAGCGUCACAUGUCCCAGCUGCCAGGGCACUGGGAGGAUACCUAGAGGUGAGCACCACAUGCAUACUUAUGUAGAGUUCACUGUCAGGGUAGAGACAGGAUACCUAGAGGUAAACAGGAGGAGUUGAGACUACUACUAGCCUGGUCCCAGAUAACUUGGUUAAGAUGCUAUACCAUUUGAAUGAAUAUGACUGGGUAAGAGUUUUGUUCUGUUCAGUGUCAUAGUCAGACUGCAGUUGAAGUGUUAUGAUGUGUAUGGAAAACCACAAAGGUGCUCUCUUGUGGAUAAUGAAUGGUGUGACUCUGACUCACUCUGUGGGCUUGAGGGAAUGAGACCAAUGGCUGAAUGAAUAACUCAUGCUUUGCCCGUAGACUCACUAUAUUAUUUUAUCCCCGGAGCCUGGUGAAUUUCCCCUCUGAGGGAUAAUAAUGUUGUACAGUAUUGCUUAGGGAUGUGAAUCUCUUCUUUCAAGCACGAUUCGAUACGUAUCUAGCUAGGUACAUUGGCUCUGACACAAUACAGGAACGAUACUUUUAUUUUGAAAAGGUUCAGUGCGAUUCGGUUUGAUAAGUGGAAUGAAUCGAUGCGAUUCGGUAAAAUUUAAAAUCUGAUACUGCUGGGCCUUUCUGAGCUGGAUCUGUCUGAGAUGACGUGUGUGUGUGUGUGUGUGUGUGUGUGUGUGUGUGUGUAAGAGAGAGAAUGAUGUAUAUGCUGUGUGUAGGCUCCUGGGCUGAGCCAUAGGGUAGACUGAGCAUUUACCAAUAGCAAUAUGCUUUUUGUCCCCCUCACUUUGUAUCUGAAAAUCCCCAUCAUCCACUGAUUAACUUGUCAUUUUAUCAGAUAGUGUUUUAAGGAAUAUGUCUAUAUUUAUCUGUAGAACUUAGCUAUGACUAGCUAAGAUUUUAUGGGAGGACAAAACUUACCGAUAUAUAUCUGCCGAUAUAUCCUGCUGUUUUUACGGUGGGGAAAUGAAAAAGUGACUUUUUUUUCACACUGUUCUCAUAAAUUGCCAUCCAAAAGAGCAAUUGUCCAAGAAAUGUGCUUCAAAUGUUAAUUUCUUACAUUGUGACAAUAAUGACAUGUCAUGAUAUGGGCUGCAAGUGUUCAGAUAAGCAUGAGAUUCCCUUUGUCAUCUUAUUAUCGGCCGACAUGGAUAUAUUCCAGUAAAAGGCCAAUAUCAACCGAUAAUAUCGGUGAAACUACAUAUCAGUCGGGUGCUAAGUUUAUAGUAUAUCAGUUGGUUGUUCAAACCACCUAAAACCAAUGGCUAGAGCAGGCUCUCUCCACUGGUGGGUGUGAUGACAUGCUGUAGGAACAUUAGUUCCAAAAUUCAAAUGAUUUUCUGUUUUGUGUGUCAAAACUAAGGGUACCGUGUGGCGCUUUGUAGCCUUGGGAAAAACUCUCAGGACAAUAGGGCUGUUGUGAAUAUAGGUGAUUCUGUUGGAACUUGCAGUCCCACUCCUUUGACUAUUGUCAUAAUGCCAAGAAUCAUAAUGUACCUAUAUUCACAACAGCCAUUGAUUAUUUCACAAUUUAAUGAAACAAAUCUUAUGGAGAAUAAACUAUUUUCUUGAGUUUUUCCCCCCGAGGCUGUGGCAUAAGUGCAAAUAGCAUAGGAGAAGAUCUGAGGGCCAGCAUCAACCCCCACCUAGGAACACCAUAUGAUUGAACACAUGAUGAAAACACACACCCAAACCCACACACAGAUUCUGACACAACAUGAACACAAACAUGCACGCACCAGGCACAGUCAAGUAAUAACCCCUGGGUUUUAUAGGAAAAACACUGCAGCUGUGAAGUCACUCCUUCAGGGCUCUAUGACAAAUAACUUGACUGUGCUACUUCACAGCUCUGUUCUCUUCCCUGAAGCACAUGCCUAUUUGGAACCAGGCUAUCUCUGUGAGAGGUUUUGCUGAGAAAGUGACUUACCGCUAUCCUGUGGUAACCUCUUCUUUGAGCCUCCUAUCCUUAAUGAUAAAUUAAAAAAAAAUAUAUAUGCCCUUUUCAUCCUAUUUAUCGAAUAUCGGUGGAAUUAUUGGCGGCCGAUAUCAAUAAAUUGGUAAAAUACCAAUAUUUGCCAAUAAUAUCUGUGAAAUUAUUUGUCGAUCAGGCUCUUGCUAUGAAUUAAUAUAGCACAGCUUUGGAUUUCACCCGUCUCAAAAGCGAAUGGUUUUGACCGUUUAGAACUUUACAGAGGAGAGCUGCUCUUCUCCCGCUCCGACCAUAGGCCUAGAGUGCAGCUCGCAAAAAUGAUUGCUGUCCUUGUUAUGAAAUUACAACUUCAUCCUGUUCAUGUAAAAAUGACCAAAUGCACUGACUAUUUAAAGCAAAACUAUUUUAUGGUGAACCUGGCAAUCGAAAAAUUCACCCAACUAAUGAAGCCUAUGAUUUUACAUUGCCAAAGCCAUUUUACAAUAAUUUGAAUGCUGAAGGUGCUGCGCAGAUAUUAGAUCAGGGAUAGGCUCUCGUUGGCGCGACCAGCUGCACUCUGUGCGUGCAGUUGUUAUCUGACAUGGAGAUCAAUGACUGUCAUAUGCAUUUACAUGCUUAGUUCGAUAGCUACUGAAGGAGAGGAUGCAUCAAUUCAGUCACAAAAAAUGUUGAGGUAUUUUCGUAGAGGGGAAAUUAAAUUAUAUGAGUAAAAAAAAUUUGUGAACCGGCGGUUUGUAACGUUUGAAUAGAAUUUCUGACUGAUUCAUGCCACAUUUGGAUCGGUUUAGGCUCCUGUGAACCGAUGCACACGUAUCUUAAACAGUUGAACCAGGGACUGAUGCCUAUCGGUGGAUCGUUACAUCCCUAGUGUUGCUGUAAUAUUGUGCUGUAGUUAUGUCAGAUGAUUAGCCUAAGUGUUUUAAAUGUUUCCUUGCAUUACGCAGGCCAAGAGAACCAGCUGGUGGCGUUGAUCCCAUACAGUGACCAGAGACUCAGGCCUAGGAGAACGUAAGUGGAAUGUUGUUGGGUUGGUAUCUCUAGCUUACAUUUACAUUUACAUUUUAGUCAUUUAGCAGACGCUCUUAUCCAGAGCGACUUACAGGAGCAAUUAGGGUUAAGUGCCUUGCUUAAGGGCACAUCGACAGAUUUUUCACCUAGUCGGCUCGGGGAUUAGAACCAGCGACCUUUCGGUUACUGGCACAACGCUCUUACCCACUAAGCUACCUGCCGCCCCACUAGGAUAAACGUCACAAUAAUGUUUUCCGAUGCGACUGUGCAAGUAGCUAUUACUUUCUUGUUACAAUAUUCUUUGUACCCUGCAUUUGUCAAACUGCUAUUUAACUUCUGACCCUGCCUUUGUUCUCCCUCCUCUCCACAGAAAGCUGUAUGUGACGGCCUCGGUGGCUGUGUGUCUGCUGCUGUCCAGCCUGGCUGUCUUCUUCCUGUUCCCUCGUACCAUAGACGUCUCCUACGUGGGCGUCAAGUCUAUCUUCGUCACCUACGACGAGGACAAGAGGAUUGUCUAUCUCAAUGUGACGGUGAGCACCUCUCCUCUGGUAUAACCACAUGAUGAUUUGGGUCACAAUGUGGACAGUCACAGGAGGAGUCUGCUUUUCCUUAUCAACCUGUACUUUGCUCUGAAAGUAGGCCAUGUUUGGGCAUAUGAGUUUGGUCACAAAUGUUGUGGGAUUCUAGGUAUCCUGCCAUUCCGAAGCUGCAGCUGGCCCAAAACAGAGCGGCACGUCUUGCUCUUCAUUAUAAAUAUUAUGCAUGGCUUGGCUAAGAGUUGAGGAGAGACUGACUGCAUCACUUCUUCUUUUUAUAAGAAACAUUAAUGUGUUGAAAAUCCCAAACUGUUUGCAUAGUCAACUUGCACACAGCUCUGACACACACACUUACCCCACCAGACAUGCCACCACGGGUCUUUUCAGUCCCCAAAUCCAGAACAAAUUCAAGAAAGUGUACAGUAUUAUAUAGAGCCAUUAUUGCAUGGAACUCCGUUCCAUCUCAUAUUGCUCAAAUAAACAGCAAACCUGGUUUCAAAAAACAGAUAAAGCAACGCCUCACGGCACAACGCCUCUCCCCUAUUUGACCUAGAUAGUUUGUGUGUAUUUUUUAUUUAUUUAUUUCACCUUUAUUUAACCAGGUAAGCCAGUUGAGAACAAGUUCUCAUUUACAACUGCGACCUGGCCAAGAUAAAGCAAAGCAGUGUUGUAUGUAUUGAUAUGUAGGCUACGUGUGCCUUUAAAAGCCUUGAGCUGUCUAAUAAUGUUUUGUAUUAUGUCAUGUUUUGUGUGGACCCCAGGAAGAGUAUCUGCAGCUUUUGCAACAGCUAAUGGGGAUCGUAAUCAAAUACCAAAUUCCCUGCAAUUUGAUUCCUUGAGCAAGGCACUUAACUCCUAAACUGCUUCAGGGUUGCCGCACUGGCUAACUCUGGCUUCAAACUGCUCAGGGUUUGUGUGUUUCUCUGAGGGUAAGGUUAAAAGCCCCAAAUACUAAUUUCUGUGAUCAUAAAAUGACAGUAAAAUAUUAUUCUUCCUUCCAGAACACUCUGAACAUCACCAAUAACAACUACUACAGUGUAGAGGUGUCCAACAUCUCAGCCCAGGUCCAGUUCUCCAAGACGGUGAUCGGGAAGUCCCGUAUCAAUUACAUCACUGCUAUCAGUCCUCUGGGCAUGGAGCAGGUACACAACUCUGUAAUAACAUGGUAACCGCAUGUUAACAACGCUGGAAUAGCGUGGUUACAACUCUGUCAUCAUUAUUGGACAUGCAGCAGAAACUCCAGUUUCACUAAAUUCAAGACCCAUCAAGCCAUAGCUGUUUUGUUCAGUAGACUCAGACCCCUAUUCCUGGUCCUACUUCGCUCAACUUGUCACAUUAUGUAUUUUGGCACUUCAAGCACUCUUUCCCCUAGUCACCUUUUUGAUCAUAACCCUGUGUGUUGUUCCCAGGUUGACUACAUGGUUCCCACCAUUAUAGCAGAUGAGAUGAGCUACAUGUAGUAAGUACAACACAGCACACCCCAGCACAGCACAUAGCUUUAUGAGAACACUGAACCUGAUAAAGACCUAAUGCUCAAGACUUUGUUUCAAUAAAUCAUAUGGGAGUACAGAUUGAGUGUGCUUAACCUCGUCCCCAGGCUCAUGUAGAGCCUGCAAACAGUGUGGAACAAAGGCAGACUUGAAAGGGGCACGUUAAAAUAGAGGUGGGAGAGGGACAGCCUGCCACAGCUGGAUUAGAUGGGACUUUGAAAAUGCAGAAAAUCGGCAAUAAAUAUAAAUGGGCAUAUAACGUUUAUAUGUGAAAACGAAUUCUUCGGUGCAUACUUUCCAAUUUCCCGAACUCCCUUCGUUCAUUGUUUAGCUUAUCACUUGCGCUGCUCCCGCUUUGAAAUCCACAAUGUAGAGGGGAGGUUCAAGAGUUACGCUAGAUGGUGAUGGACUGAGAUCAGCCAAUGAAAAUCCAGCGGGACCUUUUCCCACUCCAGCCAUAGGCUCCAUUCAAGUCCCUUUCUGAAACACAGUGAAACCAGACGGUUCGACAGAGUAAGAGCCGGCUGGUGGACACAUUGUCUGACUGAAGUGUCUGUUCCUCUAUGUCCUAGUGAUUACUGCAGCCUGCAGACCAUAAAGGUGCAUAACAUCGUUGUCAUGAUGCAGUAAGUACUCUCUGCACACCUCCCUUUAAUCAUUCACACAGAACCACCGAAGCCUGGCUUCCAUUCUCCCAUGUAAUGCGUAUUAAUGCACUCAGAACAGUUAGUCAACCUUGUUCUGUGUGGUUAAUGACCUCCCCUUAUUAAUAAGGAUAUUUUCUGAUACCGUCCUCUAUUCAUACAGAAUGGAAAUUGACCUAAUCCCAAAUCCAACCAAUAUCCUCUUUGUAUUUUUCUAUAUUGACUUGAUCUGAUCUCAUGCCUGUCCUAAAGGGUACAAAAAAGUUAUUGAAUUCAAUUAAAUCAUCUUGUUGUUUCCAGGGUGACGGUGACGACGAUGUACUUUGGCCACAUGGAGCAGGUCACUCAGGAGAUGUACCAGUAUGUAGACUGUGGAGGUAACACCACCACUGUGAGGGGGGCACAGCCCAAGGUGUCUAAUGCCCCAAUUCCCCCAGAGUAACCCCCCCUGAUGCCCCCUUGCCCUACCUGACCUGAGCCCGUUCCUGGAGAGGGUCCUUGGAAGCUAGUCUUAAAUCGGGGAUCUGGCAAACCUGGAGAGCUACUGAUUGUUUAAGCUUUUUCUCCAGCCCUUCUCCAACACAGCUGGUCUGUUGAAUAAGGAAUGUUCGAGCAGGGAUAAGCGUUUGCACCCAGUAGUUCUCCAGAGGAGGGUUGGCCACCCCAGCCAUAGAUGGUUCACUGUGUUUCUCCCUCCUCUUCCUCCACCACUCAUCUACUGAUGAACACCCCACUGUAGAUGUCAUGCAUUUUUGUGUUAGCUCACCAAUGUGUUGGGAGUAUAUGCCAGAUGUGCAGUGGAGGGAAAAAUGUGUCUACUGACGAAAAUAAUGAUUUUAAUGUCUAAAAAACACUAAGUACCAUAAUAUUUCAGUACCUAUCCAUUAUGCACUUUAUUAAUGCUUUUCAAAUUCAACCUCCAUUGUGUUAAUGUAAAAUGUUACAAUGCCACUCCACACUCUUCUAAACCACUUGAACUGUAAAUGUAUAUGAAGUAAUAAUCCUCAUUCUAUGGAUGAGGAUAACCUCCGGAAGAGUUCUCUCAGUAAUCUGGUCUCAAAUCUGUAUCUGUAUGAUAGUCGAAGGAGUUGAACCAACAGAUCUGGGACCAGUAUACUAUUCUCAAAGUCAAACCUCACGUAACACAUUAAUAAUGUGUAUUAUUAUGACAGAUUAAUCUAGUCUAUUAUUUCAUUCUGCUGAUAAGUCACAACUUGGAGGCACAGUGAGCUGAGUCUGAAAUGACACCAUUCUCUAUAGAACACACUACUAGGACUCUGGCCAAAGGUAGUGCACUAUUUAGGGCCCUCAAGCUAAACUCUGGACCUGGAAGCCAGUGCCACUGCGUCUUUUCAUCGUUCCCGUCUAAUCAGGGACUGAUUUAGACCUGGGACACCAGGUGUGUGCAAUUUAAUUAUCAGGUAGAACAGAAAAUCAGCAGGCUCCGGACCUCAUAGGGUAAGAGUUGAAAACCCCUGGUGUAGGGAAUAGGGUGGCAUUUGGGGUGAAGCCAGAAUGUGGCAGUUCUGAUGUGUAUAAGCUUGUAAUGACCGGGCUCUCCUCUAGAGGGCUCUGUACAAUUGUGGAUUUGUACCAGUUUACUAAUAUUACCCUCUGUUGGGUGAUCCAUCUCCAGUGUUAAUGUGUGAUCAGUUGACAUGAAUUUGAAUUUGAUUUUUUUUUUUUUUAUCAUGUUUUGUGAUACCUACCUACUGCUGAUUUUGAUUUUGACCAACUUAUUUUUUACAUUCCAUCGGAUCCAUCUUCAAAUUUUCAUGACACGCAUAAAGAGGAUAACCUGCAAGGGACUUUGUACGUUUUUGAUAAAUGACUUCCCUGCAUAUCAAACUCAGUUGAAGAGUUUGUAGAACUACCUAGAUUUAAUGAAAACCUGUUUUUAAUACCACGUUUGUAAUAUGAUUCCUACCUACAUUGUGGAAAACCUUUUGAAACAUACAACUCAAAUGAAUAGAAACUACCCUCAUAGAUAGAUAUAGAUAUAUAUAUAUAUAUAUAUAUAUAUAUAUAUCUAUCUAUAUAUAUAUAUAUAUAUAUAUAUAUCUAUCUCUUGAAUUUCUUAAUGAAUACUCAAACCGUGUAGUUUGCAGUUAUUUAAUUAGCAGUUUCCUAGAUUAUCGUAGAGCACAACUAUUAACAUAUGUACAGUCAUUUGUUCCUAAUCAAGCACCUUAAUCUUGUAUGGAAGAGGGGUCAGCUUUUGAUUGAAUGUUAGGAAUGAGUGAAGUCUUGCAAUACUACUGACACAAACUAGAAGAGUUGUUUGAUGAGCUGAUGAGGUUGUUCUUUCCGAAUGUCUACUGCUGUUGGGUACUGAAAUUAUUUUGAUCAACAACUGUGUUUGACUAGAUUUUUUUGUCAAUUUUUAAGUGUACAUGUAGUUGGUGUGUGUUUUGUUUUAAUUAUUUGCUUUUCAUCAUGAUAAAUUCUAAGUGGUUGGAUCAAGAUUUGUCCUACCUAGUUUUGUUGUGCUGUUACCCUUUCUUUCUGAAAGCGUGAAUAAAGUUCUCGACAUCUCAUUUGUCUAUCUUGUAUUUUCUUGUCUUUGUUCAUGCCUCUUAUUUAAUCAACCUCAGAGGAACUGGUAAGAAAUGGAACACUCACAUGCAAAUUAACACAUGAAUCAGUGUGACAUCACAAUUCACUCACAAUGCGCUUAUGAACCCAUAGAAUUGGAAUUAUACUGGUAAUUUUGAUUCUAUGCAUGUUUGCAAAACUGUUGUCUCCUGAGCAAAGCUGAUCUCACGCAAUGUUGCCAUGGGGACAGUUGACAGCCAGUGGGGACAGUUUUUACAUCAUAAACACCAUAUGUGACGUCAUAAACACCUGUCUGCAUAUAUAGCCUGUUUCGGCGGCAUUUGGCACAUUUUUUAAUUUCACUAGGUGGCUGAAGGUACAUUGGUAACCAUGCACUUUCAGCCUGAUUUGGAAGGUGAUCUUCCUUUUGCCUUUCAGCUAGAACAUGGUAAGUUGAUAUUACUGAUGACAUGUUGUUGAUGCAAACGUGUUGUAUCCUAAAUGACUUGUACACUGUCAGAUGAGCCAUAACAUGGCUGUGGCCUCAAUGUUGUUUGGCUUGACAACGACAGCAAUGGAGCAAGAGCACCAAUAGAUCCUGGACCAGGCUAGUAACCAGAGUUUGAAUCCCAGGGCGGACAGGGAAAUCUGGAGGAAUUUGCAGCCAGAGAGUAGCUGGCUUAAAUUUUCUAUGUUCUAUACCCAGUGCUUUUGUGCCCUUGGGCAAAGCACUUACCGCCAGCUGACCCUGUGCUGCUCCCAGCCUGUGGUGUGUGUGUCAAGUUGGGUCCUUCGCUUUGACAGCAAAUAUGAAAAUAAUGUCUCUGCGAAUAGUAUUGUAUAUUACACAUAUUGUAGUUUAUUUUUGCAUUUUGUGUAUGCAGGAUCAGCAGUGACAUUACUUGUGAACAAUGCUGCCCCUGCCCCUUACCGUGCAGGUGGGGUAUACCAGGUGUACCACGCAGCACCAUUGGCCUCCUGGCACAGUCUUCCUGUGUACCAGGGUCCCCCACCUCACCAGCUGGCCUUGACCACUUCAGAGAUACAAGGGGAGACUAUUCCCAUGGGCCCUGUUGAAACACCAGAGACAAGCCAGCAUCAGGACGUUUUAGACUCGAGCCAGAGUUCGGAGUCUUCUGAGCCACACAAGAAGAAGAGAAAGAAACAGAAGAAGAAGCAUGCUGCACCUAAACAGAGGAACCCAGAUGGCAGCUUUGAUUGGACCAGCCAAGAACACAGCACUACAGAGAAGUACAAGAAGAUAAUGUCACUGCUGAGGAAAGAUGGGGUGGAGGUGGUGGAUGAUACAGGUACUAAGGGACUAACAGAUACUGACAGUGAGUCUGACCAACAUGUGAAUCAAAUGGGGAGAAAGACAGCAGUGAGUAAAGGAAAAAAAGCAACAGUGAAAAGUAGGAGCCGAAACCGGGUUAACCGACUAAACCGAGACACUGGAGACUUUCAGCAAUCUGACAUAUCCUCAUCUCUGCUAGAGACGCAGGCCAUUGGACCUGAACUGGAGCAGUUAUUCUACCUACCAGCAGAGGGCAAUGACGAGGAAGACCUCCUUGCAGAAGUGUUGGAAGAGCUCUCAGGGGUUCCAAGAUACCCAGACCUCUCCGAGGACACUUUGAGCAACAUGACCCUUUCACAAUAUGCCACUCUCAUGAACAUGUUCCCCCACCCGCAGCUUCCUCCCUUACCCGUACUCUUCUCCCUCCCUCUGCAACCUAACAUCGGCCCAGUCUAUAGAGAGACUCCAUACCUACUCACACCACCUACCCACUGCGACUGGGUCACCAGCUACACCAAUACAGUUGGCCAUUUUGAGGACCAGUAUCCUGCCUCUCCAGAACCUCAGCAGCCAGGUGAUUCCGACUACAGCAAUACCUACAGCCAUUUUAGGAACCCUUUAGCUAUAACUACAGAACCCCUGCAGCCAGGUGACUGCACCAAUACAGGCAACCAUUUGGAAGACCAAUACGUUGCCUUACCUGACAAUGUGGUUAGCCAUUUUUGGGACUAUAUUUCCCCUGAGCCUGCCUCCUCCCCAGAGCCAGAGCUUCAGCCUUUAGUACUGAGUGUAGAGAGAGAGCCGAUGAAGAGUGAGGCCCAGAGACUGAGGCAGCAGACAACCAGGGUCACAUUAUAUGGCCUGGACCGCAACCCACUGGCUGACAGGGAGGACUUCACACUGGAGCACUACCUGGACAUGUUCACUGACUGA